AUGACUGGACAUUCUGUAUUUCACCAAUAUGAAGGUCUUUCUAGAGGGAUCUUAAGUCCAGUUAAUUAUGUCAGAUGUCAACAAAUCAAUCAACACCUAGUCAAUAGACUAGGUUUAGAAACUAGCCUUCAGGGUCAUCAUGGUUGUGUUAACUGCUUAGAAUGGGACGAGCGUGGUUCCUAUCUUGCUAGUGGUUCAGAUGAUCGGCGUCUAAUUAUCUGGGAUCCAUUUGAACGUAAAUCUCUUUUAACAAUGAACACUGGUCAUAUGGCGAAUAUAUUUUCUGUGAAGUUCUUAUCUAGUCUAAAUGAGAAUCUGAUUGUAACGGGUGCAGCUGAUAACAAAAUUCGUGUACAUGACAUUAAAGCACUAGAAACUCGGCAUGUAUUUUCUUGUCAUUCAGGUCGCGUUAAACGAUUGGCGAAUACUCCAUCUGAACCAUUCUUAUUUUGGUCAGCCUCAGAAGAUGGGACCUGUAGACAGUUUGACCUACGAGAUCCUGAUCAGACUUCUGUAAAUAAACCAUGUAAUGUAUUAGUCAAUUUACGAUUUCAAGAUAACGUUUUUGCCGAAGCUAAGUGUAUUGCAGUAAAUCCAUUAAAGUCUGAAUUGGUUGCUAUCGGUGGGAAUGAACCAUUUGUACGAAUGUUUGAUCGGCGUAAAUUAACACUUUCUACGUAUGAUAGUGUUACACCACAGGAGAGAAUACAAGCUGCAUCAAGGAGAACCCCUAUAAACAUUCCAUCAAGCUCGCUGCCUUCAUUUCCCUAUGGUGCAGCUAAAUAUUUUGUUCCAUCUCAUCUACCUGGUAAAAUAUUAACUGAUGGUUUAGACAAUCAAACUUUCAGUGUAACAUCAGUCAGUUUUAGUUCAGAUGGUGAAGAACUAUUAGCUAAUGUUGGACGUGAUAAUAUUUAUCUAUUUCAUUUAGCUUCACAAAAUGAACCAUUUCAAUGUCAAUCAUCGUUUAAAUCAACUAAAUUAUUGUAUAGUUUAUCUGCAACGCAACCAAGGGAUAGGUUUCGUUCUUUUCGUAUUCCUACCUGGUUUCGUCCUUCAAAUAUGGGAUAUUAUGAUUCUUAUUCGGGUUCAACUUAUGAUUACCGUUGUAAUCCUUCUAUGGCUUCUGAUUACUCAGUCGUACUGGCUUCACGAUUAAUUGAAGCCAAGGCAUAUGCUGUUGCAGUUCAUAAGUAUAAUAAACUUAUUCAACAGUAUCCUUUCUGUCCUCAACUGUAUACAGGUCGCGCUACUGCUUUAAUUAAAAGAAAUUGGAAUGGCGAUAUUUAUAAUGCGCUAUUGGAUUGCCGAAAUGCUAUCCAACUGACUACUCAAAGCAACAAUGAUUCUGUCAGCAUCCAAAAUAACGAUACCAUUAAUAAACAUCAAUUGUUAAGCAGUUCCGUUUACCUUACAGCUCUAUUACUUUCAGUCCGAUGUUUAUUAUGUUUGGAUUGGUUAAAUGCUGCUCGUAUUCAGCUCAAACAAGCACUGGACAGCUUUCCCAAUCUCUUCAAAACUAUUACGCAUCAAAAGAUUUCGGAUAAAGCGCUUAUUACACCUACUGUCAUCGCUUCUUCUUCUUCUUCUUCCUCGUCAUCUGCUAGCACACCAACAAUCAAUACCACUGAUACAAAUCCGUCCAAGUAUAUUUGCAAAUCAGAUAACCUGGUUAAAGUGUUCGAACAUUUAAAGUCUACAUUGUUGGCGAGAGAAAAACAAUUAGAAUCACAAUCUAACAAGUCGAAAAGAAAAGGAAAGCAAGUUAGUGGAAAAAAAACAUCAUUACAUGAUAAUUAUGAUAACAACGAUACCAAUGAUGAUAAUGAUGAUGACGACAAUGAUGCCAAAGGAUCUACAAUACCAAGACCAGAAACUUUAUCUUUCUUGAAAUGCGAUAACAUAUGUGAACAAAUAUCUUCAGAAUCUUGGCAUCGUCCCAGUCUUGACAAUCAAAUAAAUCCAAGACUAUGUGCUUGUUUAAACUGCUCAUGUAAUCGAAUGUGGAUAGAAGAGGAUGAAAGAGAAAGGCGAAAAAAUGCCAUCGACUUUUCAGCAUCUUAUAUUGGUCAUUGCAAUUCAAUAACAGAUAUUAAAGAAGCAAAUUUCUUUGGGAGCUAUGGGCAAUAUAUUGUCGGUGGGUCUGAUUGUGGUGCAUUUUUUAUAUGGGAUCGUAAUACAACUAAUAUAAUGCGUAUAUUGAAAGCUGACAGUUCUACUGUGAACUGUGUUCAACCUCAUCCGUCUAUUUGUUUGUUGGCAAGUUCCGGAAUUGACUCUGUUGUAAGACUAUGGUCACCGAAUUGUGAAGAAGACCCUGAUCAAUCACGAGUUGUUAGAGAUCAAGUUGGAGCAGCUGAACGGAAUCAACAACGUUCUAACGCUGAUCCUCUGGAAAUAAUGUUGUUAAAUAUGGGUUAUAAUUUUCGUGGUCUUGAUUUUGAUUCUAAUAGAGCUAGAAGAUCGAGAAAUCGCGAUUGUACUGAUGAACGGAAUAACGAAGAAGAGAAUGAAUCCAGUGAUGAUGACGAUGAUGAUCAUAAUAAUAACCAUGACAACAUCAAUUUCGAAAGAGAUUCUUAUUCUGCACUGCAACCUUCUGGAAACGAAACGUAUACUAAUGCCAAUCAUCCUGCUGGAAGUCUUGACGACACAUUGCACAGUGAAUCUGUUCUGAAUAACGUGAAUUUAGUGAAUGAAAGCAUUGAAGGAGUUGGUCAAACUGAUAGUCAAAAACGUACUGGGAAUGAAUCCAUUGAUUUGUCUUGUCAGUUAGGCUGUUCUCAAGCACCUAAGCAAAAACGAACAAAAACAGGAAGUUUAACUGAUGAAGAAACCUCUUUUCAACCAUCAGUCGCUGCUAUCAUAUUCAAUAGUGAUUUGAGUUCUGAUGAUGAUGAGCCUAAUACUACUUCAGUAGAGAAGAAUACACAAUGUAGACGUAAUCGUUCACGUCGAAUACAGUCUAGUCAUAGUCGACAUAUAAGACAUAUUCGUACACGAAGAAUACCAAUUAGUGCCACUUUUUCUGAUACCGACGUUGUAACUACUCCAUGGUUAAUUGAUUUUUUCCCUAUUGAAGUUCAUUCAAUCAAUUCACAGUCAACAGUAAAUGAAACAUUAAGUGAGCGAGAAGAGCCAGGACAAGAGGAACGAAGAAAUACUUAUCGAGAGGAUGAUGAUAGAAACGAUGAUAACAGUAUAUCAGAAGUCUCUUGCACUGUCAGUUGA